GAGAUUUGAAGCCAUGGGUAAAAGUGGGAGGAAUGUACAAGCAAUUGCUGCAGGGUUGAUGGUACUACUACUCAUUGCAGGCCAACAACAAAAAGCAUCUGCUUCAUUAUUGAAUUUCAAGUUUUGCUUUGCAAGUUGUGCAGUUGGUUGUCUCUUUGGAGACAACAAAUUCGGUUGUGUGCUUAAAUGUUUCCCUAAAUGCCUUCUCGGCGUUCGCCCGCUAAACGAGCUCGACAACGAGCUCCAAAAUUGCACGCUCGGUUGUGCCCUUGAUCGAUGCGCUCCUCUUGUCUACGAUUUUAAGAUUGAAGAUAUUGACAAGGUGGCUAACUGUGUUGAUGAAUGUGACAUUGGUCAAUGUGGCUACGUUGACCAAUCCGGGACUUCACAAGUGUUGUCACCAAAUGAAGCUCCAUCACCAAUAUAGUUAUUUUAUUGUGAUUUUUUUUAUUAAUUAAAGCAAUAUAUUGGAAAAUUAUUGUGCAAUUUAAAAUGUUUAAUUAGAUAUAUAUGAAAGUUGACAUUAGAGGGCUUUUUUUCUAAUUUUUAUAAUCUAAAAAUGGUAUGUAUUUGCAUUAUUUGCUCAUCUUUAUAGAUAUAUUAUGACUUUCGAAAUGUUGCGCCCGGUAAAAUACACCAUCUGAUUCCGUAGAUCCAUAUAAAUAACUAUUCAUUAAGCACACACAUGUAUAUAGGUGUGUGUUAUUAUGUGUAGAUCA